UUUCCCGGAUGACACCCCGCCAUAUUUGUUUAUGAACCACUUAGCUUCCUGGACAAGUCGACUGAAAUAGUAUCUAUGGUGUUUUUUUAUUAACGUAGAUCGUCAAGAAAGCCUCCAAAAUGGCGAGUGAUUUUGACCCAGAGGAUAAAUACAGUUGGUAUUUUGGGACCCUUUCGCGAGACGAGACCAAUGAGAUAUUAAAUCCAACAGAUUCGGGAGUAUUUCUGGUCAGGGAUAGUCAGUCUAUACAGGGAGACUUUGUUCUCUGUGUCAAAGAAGAAAACAAGAUCAGCCACUACAUCAUCAACAGAAUCCACGUAGGGACAGGAACCAGAUUCAGGAUCGGUGACCAGGAGUUCUCAGACAUUGCUAGUCUUCUUAGCUUUUACAAAACACAUUACUUAGACACCACCUCACUAAUUAAGCCUGCACCCAGGGAAAAGGUUGUUGCCAAAUUUGAUUUUCCAGGAAGAGACCCGGAGGAUCUACCGUUCAGGAAGAGUGAGGUAUUAGAAGUCAUCUCUAAGGAUGAAAAGGACUGGUGGACCUGUAGAAACAGCAGAGGAAAUGUGGGUCAGGUUCCCGUCCCUUACGUCUCAAAGUAUGACCCAAACAGUCCCCCAGUGGUUGCGACCCCUGCUGCUCCACCCCAGUCAACCCCAUCACCAACGCCAACCCAGCCAAUCAAAGAGAUUCAGCUUCCAGCAAAAGCUGUAGUCAUCCAUCAAAGGAUACCGAGUGCAUAUGACCGCACUCAGCUUAAACUAGAGAAAGGUGAAACUAUUAUUGUGACAAAAAUGAAUUCAAAUGGACUCUGGGAAGGCGAAGUGAAUGGAAAAAAAGGAAUGUUCCCAUUUACCCAUGUGAAAUUUUUAGAUGACAAUUCUGAGGAUGGGACAUAACAGGAGCCUUGCUAAUGUUAACUAAUUACUGUCUAUUAAUAGUGCUGAUGUAACAAUAUGGAGUCUGGGAGUUGUCUUCCCUGGUGGUGCUGCAUUACUAAUCUGAACCAAAAACCAGAAACAGAGGGCGUUGUUUCAGUAGGCUUGUCAAAUUGUUUUCUGUCAAUAAGCUUGUCCAGAAAGUGUUAAAAUGUUUUUGGGCAAGGUCUCCAUUUGGAAAUUAUGGAUCAAAUCUUUAUUAUGCUUUACAGAAUCAUAAGAUGUAGACGAGUAUCAAAAAAGUUAAAAAAAAUUCUAAUUUAGAAAGUGUUUUCAGAAUUCAUUCAGAGAUACAUGUAAAUCAAUAUGUUGUUUAACAGUUUAAGAAUGGGUCACAAAACGUUUGUUUUAUAUGGUUAAACAAUCCUACUACAUUUAAUGAUAAAGC